UCCAAACUUCAAGUUCACCCAACCAAAACUGCAAGUGUAGAGAGGCUUGUUCGAUUCCUAGUUCAUGAUGGCUUCUUAUCAGAAACCAAAGUUAACAGGGAAGACGAUGGAGAAAAGAUGGCAUACACUCUCACUCCUUCUUCUAAGUUUCUUGUCAAAGGCAUUGAACCUAAUUUAACACCAAUGGUGUUAGGGUCUUUUCAUGCUAAUUUCACUGCUUCAUUUGAUUUUCUGGGAAGGUGGUUCAAAGGGGAUGAGAAGACGACCACUGAGAGUGCCUUUGGUGUAGGACCUUGGGACAUGCUUGGACGUGAUCCUCAGAAACUGAAGUCUUUCAAUGAAGCCAUGGCAAGUGAUUCGCAGAUGAUCAAUAUGGCACUUAGAGACUCUAAGUCAGUCUUCAAAGGAUUGGAAUCCAUAGUUGAUGUAGGAGGCGGCACAGGGAGCAACAACUUGAGUUAUGUUGGUGGGAGCAUGUUUGAAUCCAUCCCUUCUGCUGAUGUGGUUCUAUUGAAGUGGAUAUUACAUAAUUGGGAUGAUGAAAACGCCAUGAAGAUACUGAACAAUUGUAAGGAAGCAAUCUCAAAGAAAGGAGGAGGGAAGGUGAUAAUCAUAGAUGCAGUGAUAAAGGAGAAGGAAGAUGAACAUGAAAUGACAGAAGUGAAACUCUUGUUUGACAUUAUGAUGAUGAGUAACUUCAAUGGAAAAGAGAGAACUGAAGAAGAGUGGAAGAAACUUCUUGUCUCUGCAGGCUUCAAACAUCACAAGAUUGCCCCUCUUUUCGGGUUUAGGUCAAUUAUUGAAGCUUAUCCUUAAUUAAUCAAUAUUUGGUUUGAAACGCAUUGACUAAUAUAUUUAGACUUUAAAGUUUUAUAUUUUCUUAUAUUUGAUUAUGCAACAAUACGGAGCCAGGCCUAUGCAUGCAUUACGGUUGGUGUUUGAUAUAUACUUGUUUGCAAGGGGAAUAAAAU